UCGCGCGAGCGCGCGGUUUCUCUCAGGCUCUGACGAGAAAAGUUAGCUUUUGGGAGCGAAGAGGGUACGCGGUCACCCCGCAAUGUCUGGUGAGUUAGGUGAGCCGCAGGAAGGCCCGUCACAUGCUGGGCUCGAUCUGCCGAACCCUGAGAGAAAUGAGGCUGGGGUCCAGAGAGGUGUGAUCCGAAGGGUCCGUGCCCCAAGGCGCAGGUCCUGGAUCCAAAAGGUCCUUGAACAAAUAACGGACUCACCUCGCCAGUGGAUCACCCCGUCGGAGGUUGUGCCUGUCGCUGUUUUGGCCGUCCAGAGGUACCUGUUAGAGGGUGAGGCACGCGACAUGGAAUCUAAACCUCCGCUUUAUUGCUAUGAUGUGACGAUCUCGGACGGGGUGUUCCGUGAGAAGUGCUACCUGGACCCCAGCCUGAAUUUUCUCGUGUAUAAAAAUAUUCUCAAAGUUGGCAUAGAAGUGAAAAUUUCCAGAGUCUCGUGUGUUUACAACGAGAAAAGAUUAGGCCAGGGGAUCCUGUGCAUAGAUAACGUCCACUGUGGGGAGUCCCUGGACUCCAUUUCUUUAGAAAUUCCCUUCAGAAAUAGAGCGCACCGGGAAAUCCCGGAGAGGCCGUUAAGAGGCGGAAAGAGCCAUUACCUGGCCCUGUGGAAUAACGAAGAUCCAUAUGGAGAUAUCUGGUUAAGCAACAAGGAACCUGAGGAGUACGAUUUUAACAAUACCAGAAUAAUUUCCCUUUCUCACCUUGAAACGACCUGGUCUAACAGAAGGAAUUUUCCUGCAUUGCUUGUGAGAAUCUUGCAUAAAUCAAAACUGCGAUACUAUGGAAAACCCAAUAAAAAGAUGAUUGAGCCAUACCAGACCUUUUUGGAAGUUGCUGACAGUUCAGGCACAGUGUCAGCGAUUAUGUGGAAUGCCCUGUGUCCUGAGUGGUAUAAAAGUUUGCACGUUGGUUUAGUUCUUCUGCUUCAAGAUUAUUCUAUUAAAAAGAGUUACCCCUUCAGGAUGCAGCCUCUCCCUGUGGAUCCACGGAUCAAACUAAUUUCUACAAUGGAAAUCUGCCUGAACCUUCGAGAUCCUCCAACUAAUAUAAUUAUCAUUCCAGAAGAGCAGGUGAAACCAGAAUGGAGAUUGCCAAAAUUAAACUACCGUUUUAUCACAAGAUCAGAACUGGAUGAUAUGCCACAAAAUAGUAUCUGUGAUGUUAUUGGCGUUUUAGUUUAUGUAGGAAGAGUCCAGCGGUCAAAAAAGAAGGAAAGCCGUGAAGAGUUUUGGUCAUAUCGCUGGAUUCACAUUGCUGAUGGGACUUCCGAACAACCAUUUAUAGUGGAACUGUUUUCUACAUCUCAGCCAGAAGUCUUUGAAAAUAUUUACCCAAUGGCACAUUUCAUGUGUACACAGUUGAAAGUUGUCAGAAAUGACACUCAAGUACCUAAACUGCUUUACCUCACUACUACAAAUGAGAGUCGCAUGUUUAUUACUGGUCAUAGAGGCCAGCCGUAUACCAACAAUACCAAGGUAAAAAACUUUAUUCAGUGGAUUAAAACAAAGACCGAUUCUGGGGAAUUGAAGAACACUGUUAUUGGUGGAUAUUACCCCUAUCCACCAGUGCCAGAAACAUUUUCGAAGUAUAAUAUUUCUGUUAAAGUUGAGUCGUUCUUCACAGCUAUAAGUGAAGUGAGGAAGGAGAUUGAAGACUUGCAGUAUAGGGAAAAAAAGCGCAUUGCAAUUCAGGGGAUAAUUACUGUUAUAAAGUAUGUCCCCUAUAGCGGUGCAACUGAAAGUGCCUCAGCAUCUGAAACACUACGGAAUGUUAACCGACCCUCAACAUCCCAAGCAGCUAGAAGAGAAAGUCAAAGUCAAGAAAGAGAUGGAAAACCUCAAGAUGAUGGUCCUGUGAGUUCUCAGUGUUGUCAUACUACAUCUGCAAGUUUGAGCCCUCCCAAGAAAAAAAGAACUCUACAAGGACCAAUUCCUGUACCUCAGCCAGAAACUGCUGCACAAACAAAAGGAAAUAAACCAGGCAUGCCAAGCAUCUUCCAACGUCGAGAAAGCACAAGCACUGGUAGCAAAGGGAAAGCCAGAAAAACUAUAAGUGAUAAAUGGGAAAGUCAGAUGUGGAGAGAGAAAAAGUUCGGCUUAAUAGAUCACCUACGAUACAGCUGUAUUUAUCCUGAAAGUAUUCCACGGAGAUUUGUUUUAGAACACAGAAAUUUUCUUACUGAGCAGUAUAAUUCUCAGCCUGCAAAAUACAUACCACAAGAAGGAAGGCCCCCAAAACUUUAUGAGUUUAAGAGUGCCCUAGUCCUUGGACAUUUUGAAGUAACCAUCUUAGGUCUGAAUCAUGAGAUAGCAAUCAGUGUUGCAUUCCUCCCCGAGUAUUCUCCGGAAGAUGUCCGAACAUCUCAAAUAGGCACAUUAUUAACCUGCAUGAAUUACAGCUGUGUGUUUCCACAGGAAUUAACUGGCAAUGACAAAUUGCAAGGUCCAAGAGCACUUACAGGUGAUAUUAUAAAAGCAGCAGCUGAACUGGAUAAAGUGCAUAUCGUCGGUAUCUUGGAUAUCUGUAAUUUAGGUAAAAAUAAAACAGAAGUCUAUUUGCACAAAAUUUAUAGACCAGAUAAAACUUCUUAA